AUGUUUGCUCUGACCAAAUUUCGUGGUAAUGCAGCUGACAAGCCAAAGACAUUCUCCCAACAAGAUAAAUUGCCAAAAUUACCCGUUCCAGCUCUAGAAGAUACAUUUGCACGAUACAUUAAAAGUUUAGAACCAAUUCUCUUGCAAGCCGAAGAAUUGGGUCAAUUACCACCCGGACAAACUGCACAAUCAGAAUUAGCAAAAAGACAAAAAUGGGCAGCAGAUGCUUUGAAAUCAGGCUCACUCGUUCAAAAAUUACAACAACGCUUAUUGGAUGUCGAUCGUACAUCUCCUAAUAAUUGGCUAGAUGAUCGAUUCUGGUUACAGAAAGCAUACCAUGAAUGGCGUGUUCCACUUCUUGUCAAUUCCAAUUGGUGGCUCAUGUUCAGAGCCAACCCAGACACACCGGCUGCAGAAUUGGAAAAGCCGGAAAUACAGGUAGAACGUGUUGGCGAUCUAAUCCCUGACGCAGAUAUUGCAACCGCUCUAGGAGCAAACGAUUGGAAGCAAAGCGAAUGGGGUAUUCGUCGAGCUGCAUGGAUCUGUCACAGAUUGAUGCAAUUCAAAGUUCGUCUGGAAUCGCAAGAUAUCUUACCAGAUGCUUCAAGAGCAGGACCUCUCUGCAUGCAUCAGUAUACCCGUAUGUUUGGUGUGACCCGUAUUCCUGCAAUUCCGCAUGACUUCAAUAUCGAAGCAGGAUUUCCAAACAAGCACAACCACAUCAUCGUUUUAGCACGCAACAAUUUCUAUAAACUUCAAGUGCAAAACAAAGAUGGAUCAUUGGUUUCGCCGAGUGAUUUGGAACUGGCAUUGACGAGCAUUGUACAAGAUGCACGUAGAGGUGAUGGAAAAGCAGUCGGAGUGCUCACAGCUAUUGGACGUGAUGAUUGGACUCGAUCAAGAGAGCAUCUUCUCUCAAUCUCACCAAAGAAUCGCGAAUCGAUCAACGUUAUCGAAGAUGCUUUGUUCAGUCUUUCAUUGGACUCUUCCGUUCUUCCAAUCGCCAAGCACAAUGCAGAGCCUGCACAUCCUUCCACACCACCUACAGUUGAUUCGCACGCACGUAACUCAUCCGGAGCAGGUCGUGGAGGCUUGAACAGAUGGUUCGACAAAGCAAUCAGUUUGAUUGUUGAGCCUAACGGAAGAGCAGGAUUGAUGGGAGAACAUUCACCUUGUGAUGCUUUGAUUCCAAGUAUCCUGAUCGAUUUUGCUGCUGCCGUUCCAGCACCUAAACCUGAUGAAAAAUUGGAAGAGAAUUUGCCAUACACUGCACCUUCUGUCAAAUCCACUGCCGAGCCCAUCUUUAGCAAAUUUGAAUUUGACGUGGAUGCAAAAGUGGAAGAAGAUAUUCAAACUGCAUUCAACGAAGCAAGAAGGAUCAGUGGAGAGAGUGAUAUUGGUGAGCUAUGGUUCGAUGAAUACGGAACUGAAUGGAUCAAAAAGGUAGCAAAACAAAGUCCAGACGCUUAUCUUCAACAAGCACUACAAUUGGCAAUGUUCAAAGUCAAAGGACAUCAAACACCAACUUACGAAACAGCAAGUACAAGAUCUUUUAAGCAUGGAAGAACAGACGUUAUCCGCUCCUUCUCACGAGAAAGUUAUGAAUUCGUACGUGCGGUAAGAGAAGGUAAACCAGAAGCAGAGGUGUACAAAUUGUUAUCAGCAGCCACGACAGCUCACAACCAACAAACUCGUGCAUCUUCAUUCGGUAAAGGAAUUGAUCGUCAUUUGACAGGAUUGAGAUUGGUCUAUGAUGCAACUGAAGAUGGGUCUUUGACUGAUUAUGCAGGAAAGAGGGGAAAGAACUUCUAUGCAGGCGCAGAAUUACUAUUUGCCGAUCCUUUGUUGGGGGAUAGUCAAACAUGGAAACUUUCCACUUCUGGUUUAUCAGCAGGAGAUCUUUUGGCAGGUACAGGAUUCGGCAGUGGCUUCUUGGACGGAGUGGGAAUCAAUUAUCUAACCGGAAGUCAAUUACUCAAGUUUGGCAUUGAAACCAAGCAUCCUGAACCGUAUGGAAACGGGCAACUUGGACAGCACCCAACAAACACUUUUGCUCGUGCGAUUGUUGAUGCUUUACGUUAUAUGCGUACACUGUGUGAAUCACAAAGCCCUGCACAAACUGAAGGCUCUAAACUUUGA